GAGCCAUCAUGCCAGGACGCAGCGAAGAGAGUGUCGUCGGGUCCUGCGAUCUACCAAUACUAUGAGCUGGAUUGAGCAAUAUUCUGCCGCACUCGAUGCUCGAGAUGCACGCGAACAAGCUCACAAGCCAUACAUAGAUGCUUAUACCAGACUCGCCGACCGCACCGCUGCUCAAUCCAAGGCAUCGGCUCUGUCCAGCUCGACCCCAGCGUCACCCGCAUUGCCCGACCGAACUGCGACUCCAACCAAAGGCCGGGCAGCGACCAAAUCACCCGUGCCAGAAGGUCAAGCAGCAGAGCUUCUAGCUACUCUCCGCACAGAUCUGGCAAAUACCCAACGCGCCCGAUCCUCGUUGCAAGCACAAGUGACUGAGCUCAACACCUCACUCAGCCAGCUGCAGGCUUCACAUAAGGACUCCACGGCACAGAUUACUAGUCUGACGAAGCAGAAAUUGGACGUGGAGAGGAAGUUGCGGGAUCGGGAGGAAGAGAUUCGAGGCAAAGCGAAGUUGGUCGAGGAAGCGCAAGAUGAGAUGGUGAGCUUGCAGUUGCAGUUGAAUAUGGCAGAGCAGAGAUCAGAGAAGUUGGAGAAGGAGAAUAAGGAGCUUGUAGAGCGGUGGAUGAGAAGGAUGGGAGAGGAGGCUGAGAAAGCGAAUAGAGAUUCUGGAUGGACGUGAGACCAUCUGCAGAAGUACAAGUUGUAGGCAGAUAGCACCUGCCUACUGUUACCACCCAAACUGCCCAUGCAUAUUGAUCGCAGAUGGACUU